AUGUCGUACCAACGAGGACUAGCACCGAGCUUGGGUGUAAGCCGAAACAACACAAACAACAUCAUCGCCAAUCACCACCACCACCACCACCAAUUCAUCCCCAACACCUCCUCCACCGCCGACAGCACCACGAGCAGCAGCAGCAGCAGCAGCACCGGCACCGGCACCGGCACUGGCAACGGCAACACGGUCCACGGCGUCGCCUCCGAACCACGUGCGAGAGCCCGGUACUCACUCUUCCCGCCCGCGAGCUUUCCCUCACUCGGCCAUCAGUUCGCUCUCGGAGCUGUCGGUGCUGCUGCAGGCGCGACCAAGAAGCAGCAGCAGCAUCUGUCAGCGCCGCCGAAUGCACACGCCGAUGACCGUCGUCUGCGCCGCAGCAAGUCCAGAGGCGACACACCCGAAGACAUGCAAGCUGUAGCAACGUCCUCCUCCACCAUCACCGACGACAUCCUUCGCAACGGCAACGACAACGACAACCGCCACGGCCACGGCCACAGCCACAGCCUCCUCGACUCCUCUUCCUCCUCCUCCCCGCCUGCCAUCAAUCCCGCCUCCAUCCCCGCUCGCACCAGCUCUACCAAGGCUCUCGCAAACGGCGACCGUCGCCACAGUACCAGUCCCAACUCGCAGCGCUCCGUCAGCGUGCGCAAGCACAAGAGCUUGGUCUCGGUACCUGAAGAGCGGCGCAAGCUGCCCGAGCCGGGCGAGCAGGAGUGGAUGGCUCAGUCUCGCUCCACGAGUCACCGGCUGACCGCCAGCACCAGCUUCUCGCAAGCCGCCGACAAGUUGUCGCCCACCAUGAUCAGCUCCGACCUGAUCAACGGCACCGCCAUGAGCUGGAGCUCCGAGAAGGAGAAUAUCCUCAAGGGCCCCUUUGACUACCUAGAAUCACACCCGGGCAAGGACAUCCGGUCACAGAUGAUCACAGCGUUCAACGAGUGGUUGCAGGUCCCCGACUCAUCACUGAGCGUCAUUACAAAAGUUGUCUCCAUGCUCCACACAGCCUCGUUACUAGUCGACGACGUGGAAGACAAUUCACAAUUGCGCCGCGGCAUCCCCGUCGCUCAUUCCAUCUUCGGCACCGCACAAACGAUCAAUAGCGCCAACUACGUCUAUUUCUGCGCGCUGCAGGAACUCCUCACCCUGAGCAAUCCCGAGGUCAUCCGCAUCUACACAGACGAACUCCUGAACCUGCAUCGUGGCCAAGGGAUGGACCUGUUCUGGCGAGACACCCUAACCUGCCCCACCGAGGAUGACUACCUGGAAAUGGUGGGCAACAAGACCGGGGGCCUCUUCCGCCUCGCCAUCAAACUCAUGUGCUGCGAAUCCCCUUCACACAAUCACAACUUCCACGCUCCAGAUGAACCACCUUCCGUCCAGACCAAUUACGUCCCGCUCGUCAACACCAUCGGUCUCCUCUUCCAGAUUCUAGACGACUACAAGAAUCUCUCCGACACGACGUACACGAACAACAAAGGCCUCUGCGAAGACUUGACCGAAGGCAAAUUCAGCUUUCCGAUCAUCCAUGCCAUUCGAUCGGAUCCUUCCAACCUCGUCCUGAUUAAUAUACUCAAACAGAAGACGACGGAUGAUGAGGUGAAGAGGUAUGCCGUUGCGUACAUGGAUCGCACGGGGAGUUUCUCCUACACCCGGAGAGUGCUUCGUGGCUUGACGAAGAAGGCGCUGGCUUUGGUAGACGAGGCCGAUGCGGGUCGGGGAAGAGCGGAAGCGAUCAAGGGGAUCCUGGAACAGAUCAGGGUGGACAAGCAUUCGCGGACGAGUCUGAGCGCGUAA